AUACCAUCUGCUGACAUGGUAACAUCUUCGAUGGAAUUGUUCAUCGAAGAUGAUCUUUUACCAUCGUUUAAUUUUAAUCGACUGUUCUGCCAUCUGUCGGGCUGCACAAGUCGUCUGCAACCCAUUUCCGAAAAGUUUUGCCGCUUUUUCGCGGUUGUGACCAUGCUUUCGGAUGAUGUUAUUUAUUUCUUGCUAUUACUGACCACGAUUGGUCUUGGUGAAGUUAUUCGCCGUUUUGACAAUGCAAAACUGAAACAAAAUGUCGCAAGUAUUAUUGGCUUUACAAUCAUCUUUAUAGUUUCAGGUUUUCACAGCUUGCACUGUGUCCUGACAGCAGCUGUCAAUGCCUUUAUUAUUUGUUUCGUUUCACCAAAAUACUGUCAUGGACUCAGUUUUGGCUUUUCUUUUGCAUACCUUCUAUUUUUCCGAUUCACCACUGUUUUUGGCUUGCCACAAGUACCUAGCCACACAAAUGCAAUCCAGAUGCUCCUCACUCUUAGAAUGGUUGGCCUGGCACUGGAAGUGCAUGAAACGGCAAAGCACAGAAAACAAUUGAAAGAAUCUAAUAUUGAUAACAAGAAACAAGAUGCUGACAAUGAUCUAAAGCAAAUUGAGCUUUCACUUGAAAACCAGGGAGUGUCACCAAACUUUGCUGAUGUUAUCCACUAUGCUUUCUGCUAUAUUGGAGUUCUAACUGGUCCAUACUACAAGUAUAGAACAUACUGGGAUAUGCUUCAUGCAAAUGAUAGUCAAAUCUCAUUCUUGAAUUAUGCUCGCCAACGAGUUCAAUACGUGCCAAUCUACGUCUUGCUUUUUCUCCUUUCAAACUACUACUUUCCGCUUUCGUACGCAACAUCUGCAGAGAUAUUUGAGGAACGAUCGUUCUUCUUUCGCGUCUGGUACAUAACACCUCUUUUUUUCACCUUCCGAAUGCGAUUCUAUUCCGGAUUCAUUCUCUCUGAAGCUGCCUGUAUUAUGGCUGGAUUGGGAGCUUAUCCAGUCGAAUCGCAACCGAAGCCCGGAAAUGGGCCAACCGCUUUACAACAUCUGAAUAACAAGGAUCGAUCUUCAAUAACUUACAACUUCGAAACCAUUCAUAAUAUUGACGAAUAUGCAGCCGAAACGUCCGAUGUAAGAGGAAGCCUGAAAGCUUGGAACAUGACUGUGCAAUGGUGGCUAGCUGUCAAUGUCCAUCGCCGUUUCCCGUUUAAGCCGUUAAGGACCGUUGCUACCAUGUUGAUUUCCGCUUUUUGGCACGGCGUUCAUUCUGGCUAUUACCUGUCCAUGCUAACGGUACCUUUCAUCUUGGUGGCCGAAGACGCUGUCAAACGAAAGCUUCGUCCUCUAGUGAAUAACUCAAAAAUCUUCAACUUCAUGGCGGGAUUCGUUAAGAUUCAAUGGUUCUCCUACAUGGGGAUGGCGUUCUCUUUGCUAGCCAUGGACACGACAUUUGCUUAUUGGAAAUCGAUUUUCUUUAUUGGACACUUGAUCAUCCCCCUGUCUUACAUCGCGAGCUUAUUGGUGCCCUCUCACAAACCUGCCAAACCAUUGGUAUAGUGCAACAAUAUCAUUUUGUCCCAAGCAGUUAAAUCAAUGUUUAGGAAAUAUAAGCUGACUGGGGCUGCUGUAAACUGA